AUGUUCCACUCGACACAUGCCCGACUGCUGCCCCUCUCGGCCGACGUUGGCGUCAUUGAGGCCGUCGCCGUUUUUGUGACGGCGACGAUUGCACUUCAAACUUUCCUCUUUGCCACCGCCGCCGCCGUCGAGUUCUCGCGUCGCAGGUCCGAGCGCAACCUUGGCCAGAUCCUGUCCGAGCUGCGAGGCUCGCUCUCGAACCCGCCGGCAGCCAUCCUGACAACAAUGGCUUGGGAUCUUCUCGUGAGACCCCACACCCCGUCAGCUCAGAGGUACAGCGCGCACGACAUGAGCCUGGCCAGCAUGCCUCGCAUCGACCGGCUCCUGCUCGAAUGGCUGGCCGUCUUUGUCGCGACCGACUUCUACAUUUAUUUCGAGCACCGGCUGAUGCACACGCGCUUCUGGUACACGCGGAUCCACAAGCAUCACCACCAGUUCCACACUCCGACCGCUUUUGCCGGCUUUGCCCAACACCCCCUCGAGGCUGUCCUCUUCACCGUUGGCUCGCUGUGGAUCCAGGCUAUCCCUCCCCGUCACGCGUUUGUGGCAAUACACCCCUUCGCUCAUGCGGCAUUUGGAGUGUUUGGCAUCACGUGGACCAUCCUCUCGCACGACGAUCGCUCGUAUCACGACGGUGGCUUCCACUACCUUCACCACCUGCACCAGCAAAGCAACUUUGGAGGAUUUACGCACCUGUGGGACUGCCUAUUCCGUACACGACGAACAAAGCACCCCUAG